UGGGCUCACUUCUUCUUCCUAGCAACGUUCUUCUGGCUGAACACCAUGUGCUUCAAUAUCUGGUGGACAUUCAGAGAUUUGAGACCGGCCAGCCUAGAAAAGGGCCAGGAAAUGAUACGGCUGAGAUUCUACAGCGCAUACGCCUGGGGCGGUCCGCUUAUCGUGGCCGGACUCGCAGCGUUCCUCGAUCAUCUGCCCGAGACACCCGGCCAGACCUUCCUCAGGCCGAGAUUUGGAGAGAAGCAGUGCUGGUUUUACGGUGAUAUGGAGAUUCUCGCUUACUUUUUCGGACCGAUCGGCAUACUGUUGGCGAUAAAUCUUCUCUUCUUUGCGGCGACGGCUCACGAGCUGACUUGCGGCCUGUGGAAGGGCGAGUUCGUAAAAAGCACGACUGAGAGAACUUUACGUAUAAUACCGAGGAAUUUAGAAAGUGCACAUGAACGUCGACUUCGUAGGGCAGCACUGGGUAAAGUGUGUCUAAAGCUGGUCAUAGUCAUGGGAGUCCCCUGGAUCUUCGACGUGCUUUCGUGGAUGGCGGGUGGGCCCGAUUUCCUGUGGUACGUGACGGACCUCUGCAACGCAGCUCAGGGCGUUCUCAUCUUCCUCGUGGUCGGCUGCCAGCCUCAGGUCCGAGCGGCCCUCAAACGGCUCUGGUCUCGCAAUCCUCGGGCCAAUUCCAAUCGUCAAGGCAACGGCCUGAGCACGACGAGCCACGGCAUGCCGAGCAUGGGCGACAGCUUCACCCAGAACCCGAGCACCAAGUCGGCGCCCCUCGAAACCAUCUGCUGAGAAUACGAGACUAGAGAAUCUCUCAUUGCGGCGGAGCUCCUCCUCUGAAACUCUCCCAGAGAGUAAAGAGGAAAGUAAGCUAUACACACAUGCGUAAUUGAGGCUGAUUCUCUGGAAUUAAAAAGUAUUACCGUCAAGUCGAGGCUUGAAAACUCUUGACUCACCGAUGCUAUAUACUCCUUGGCUAGGUCGAAUGAUGUUUGAUAAACGUUACAAUUCGACUCUUCUGAUUAAAUCUUUUCUCAAAUACUCUUCAAAGACUGACUUUGAAGAAGUGGUUAUUGGAAUUAGACAAACUUCUUUCAACUUGAUCAUUAUUCACUUCCAGUUGCUUACAAUAAUAAAAUACGACAUUACAAUUAUGUGUUUUCAAAAAUAAUAAGUUGAAUAUGUUGGAUUUUGUAAGUGAAUCUAUUAACAAAGUUCAACGAUCGUAACCUUUUUAUUUGUAACGUAUCAAACAUAAUAAACUACUCUAUAAAUUAUUAGAAAAUUAAAACUAAUCAACCUUUACAAAUUUAUGAGCUAAAAUUUCCAAAUUUAUAUAAAUAUAAAUAUUAUUGCUUGCUGAAAACAGAAAUUGAGCAUCAAACAUUGAAAUGAAAGAAAAGUAUCUUUUAUUAUAUUAUUGGUUAUUAUGAAUAAUCUCAAAAAUUGCAAGAAUUAACUCGUGAAGAAAACUCAGUUCAACUAUUCGUACCACGGUUAAAAGUUAAAAUCUAACAUAUAAUAGUAUUAUCAAUGCGAGACAAUAAAUAAUUUUAACUACUGAUCGUCUGGUUAUAUGUAACAUUUAAUGGGUAAUUUUAUUAUUAAAGAGAGAAUAAAUUGGCAAAACAAUCUUAGAAUCUGUCAAACUUUCAAUUUUGACCGAUAGAUUAAUAUAUUGUAAAACUAAUGCCUUGGAAAAAUUGCCUUGACCACGUGGUAAUUGAUUAAUUUUGAAUAUUGCUAAGGCGUAGAUCAUGAACAAGACGUAAAAUUUAAAUUAUUAUUAUUUUGAAAAACACCUCAUAGAGUAAUUCAUGAUAAAAUGUAACAUCGUUUUAAAUUGAUCAGUAAUUUUUUUGGAAAGCUCAUGGAAUAAUUUGUACGAGUUUUACGAGAUCCGUUAAAAUUGUUCUAAACCAGCCAAUAUGUAAUACAACACUGCCAUUUUUAUGAUCAUUUUAUCCAUUGAGCUACGCUUUUUGAAAUUUUGAUAAAAUAUACCUGAAAAUUUUCGGUAUUAUACACCAAGGUGUCAGACGCCAUAGUAUAGACAACCAAAGAAUUUGGAGAAGUCAUACGCGUAUAUUAUUAACUGUAACUUUAGAAGGAUAGUCUAUACGAUAGUUAAAACUAUUUAUGUGCGUCUAUGAACUUCUAGAGAGCAUCUUAAAAAUUUUUAGAGACUGAGUUGUGCUACUAACAAUAUACAGCUGAAUUAGACAAAAUAACUAUACGAACAAUUAAGUCCAACAAUUUCUUUUAAUUUUAAGAUUUAAGAGACAUGUGAUACUAAUUUAUACAUCGAUUUUUAUCAUAGUUCACGAUUAUAAUUAUAAAUGUAAUGUAUACAUGUCGCAUACGAAUUUCAUAAUGCCGAAUGGGACACAUUCAAUUUAAACGACAAAUGUUGAAAGUGGACAAAAUUAUUAAACGGUGUCAAGCUUUGACGAAAUUAUUUCACUUCCUCCUUAGGAAUGUCCAAACGCUUAAAUAAGAAAUUUGUAUGUUCAUUGGACAAUUUUUAAAAUUGAUCCACGUUUUUUUGAAAAAUAUAGUAUAGUAAUAUAGUAUACUCUGUAUCAAUUUACAUGUGUUAAGGAUUAAUUGAUAGUGAUUUUUCUGGUUUGUCAAACAAAACGAAAAACACUUCAAGCUAUACGACAUGUAUUAAAAAAAAAGAGUGAAUGUUUAUAAUUGUAGUAUGGGCCGAUUGUGAUAACUAAGAUUGCGUGUUUAUGUACACGAAAAAAUGAGCAAGCGCUUGAUGUACGUACCUUUUUGCGAGACUAACUUUAGCGAUUUUUACAGGUAUCUUUAACAAUACAUCAAACACGAAAAAUAUUACUGCAUGGUUAAAAAAGUAACAUUGUUUUUUUUAAAUAAAUGUCGUGAUUAACAUGAAAUGGAAUUCAGUUAAUAACACUCGAUAUUUAACGUUUAUUUUAUAAGCAGUCAAGGAGUCAAUUAAAUUACGUAUGUCAUUUAUAGGCGUAAAUACGAAAAAAGUGUAAAUUUUUACUUGAGUAUUAGAAUAAUGUUUAUAUUUCGUUUGAUUGUAUAAAUUAUGUAUAUAUGCAAGUCUAUGGCUUUCUGAAAAAUUAAUUUACUUCUGAAUAAAUUUCAAAUUUAUCGUGUAAAAUUCGAGGCCUAUACCACCGUUCAAUGUAAGACUGAUUCUAUACUUCAAUUAAAAUUUUUUGGAAAUUCACAGACAUCUAUACAAUUAAAUUUGCAAAAAAGUUUCAUAAAAGGGUAUGAAACAAAUUAUACAAUAAAAAUAAUGUAUGAGAAUUUUUAAGUAUCGGCAAUUUCUAUAACAGUUACUAAUCUACGUCCAUGCCAAAUUAAAAGUUCUUAUCUGAAAUAGAAAAACUAUAAAUUAAUGUAUAUAUAAAUGCUAAAUAAAAAAUUUAAAUCUAAUGAGCUGUCAAACAGUUUAGUAAAUGUAAUAAUUGUAUAAUGUAGAAAUAUAGUGGUAGCUAUUAUAACACUACAACAAAAGUAUAGGCAACAAGUACAAGAAAAUGAUUUUUAAUUUUAUUUACGUCACUUGUAGUGAUAAUUUUAAACAUGAUUGAAUGAUUAUUAUACUAUGAUACACGUAUUUUAUAAUGAAAAUAAUGAUGCAUACAUGUAAAAGUUUUUAAAGUAAACGAUACAACGUGUUUGCCGAUUGCCCACCAUUCCUACGAAAUGUAUAUUAUGUAACAGUAUUUACUAUUAUCAAGCUAAUAAAUAAUGAAAAUAAAUAACUGUUAGAAUGAAA